GUUAACUCGCCGGCCCCACGACACGACAGACGUGCCGCACUUAUAAAUUACGUUUUAUAAGUAUUCCGUCCCCGUUAUUUCGAUCAUUACCCAGCUGUCAAGAAAUCUAGUGCCACCAAAAAGAUCGCAACUUUUCAUCAGUUUUAAACAUAACGGUAUACGUCCUCUUUGCGCCAUUAGAAAAAGAAAUUCAAAUUUGGAACCUUCAAGCAAAUUUUUCAGUGUAAUGUCACCCAAAACAAUAUCCGCGUAAAAACUGGUAGUGUCCCGCCGUGGUUUUUGUAUUUUUAUACAAGUUUACAUGAGUUGAAGCCGGUGUAUCGGCGGGGUACAGGAUCAGCUGUAGUCGGCGCAUGUGCAGGUGCGCGCGGGGCGAGGAGCGAGCGCGCCGCAGCAGUCGAGGCAUCGACGCCGCGCGAGGCCGUCCUCCGCAUUCACGGGACUGUAGUGUGUCGAUGGUCGCGCGCGCGCCCGCCUAGUUGUGUUCGUGGAGUGUCCAAGUGGGCUCGCAGCCAAGAUGGACGCGCUGCUGGCGGCGUUGGUCGCGCUCAUGGCACUGGCCGCCGCGAUGGCCGCCGUGCUCAGUACCCUCUCUAAGGCGGCGAUUUUCGCUCUUCUCGCGAUCGCUCCCUGCGUCUACCGAUACAGAAAACGCAUUUAUGUCAUCGUCAAGACUCUACCACGAGAUGCUAAAUUCCUAUGGCGAUACGCUCACGCCAUGAUCCGUUCGAAGCGAUGGGGUCGACAGAACACGACGGUGGCUGAGCUGUUCACCCAGCGAGCUCUGAAACACCCUGACGCGCCCUGCUUCAUCGUCGUCGGCGACCGCACCUGGACCUUCAAGGAGAUGGCAUCAAAAUCGAACCAGGUAUCCCGCGUCAUGCAGGAGCAUCUGGGCCUGAAGCGUGGGGACGUGGUGUGCGUAUUCAUGCCCAACUGUGCGGAGUACGUAUGGACUUGGCUGGGCAUGGCCAAGUUGGGCGCAGUCUCAGCCCUCAUCAACAGCAAUCUGCGGCACAAACCACUGUUGCACUGCAUCCAAGUCGCGAAGGCCAAGGCAAUCGUCUUCUCUGAACAACUUGCUUCUGCUAUUGAGGAGAUCCGCAGUCAGCUGUCUGAAGAGCUGAAGCUGUUCCAGCUGUACGGGCAGGGGGCCCCCGGGGUCAUCGACCUGGCGGCUGAGAUGGACAAGCACCCCCCGGAGUACCCCCUCGUAAGCGACAAGCCUGGGUACAAGGAUACGCUGCUCUACAUCUACACGUCUGGAACCACUGGCAUGCCCAAAGCUGCUGUUAUGCCCAAUUCCAAAUACCUGCUAGUGGUGGUGGCGACAACCCACAUGCUGGGCCUGAACUCCUCGGACCGCAUGUACAACCCGCUGCCGCUGUACCACACGGCGGGUGGAGUUGUGGGCACGUGUGUGGCCCUGGUGGAUGGUAUCCCCACCGUGUUGCGGGCCAAGUUCUCCGCCUCCAACUACUGGACUGACUGCAUCAAGCAUGAUGCCACGGUCGCGCAAUACAUCGGCGAGAUGUGCCGCUACCUGCUGGCGCAGCCGGCGCGGCCGACCGACGCGCAGCACCGCGUGCGCAUCAUGGUGGGCAACGGCAUGCGCCCCGCCAUCUGGCAGCAGAUCGUUGACAGGUUCAAAGUGCCUCAGAUAAAUGAAAUUUACGGCGCAACUGAGGGCAACGCUAAUAUCAUAAACGUGGAUAACACGGUGGGCGCGGUGGGCUUCCUGCCGAAGUUGGUGCCAACCAGCCUGCACCCCAUCGCCGUGGUGCGGACGGACGAGCAGGGCAACCUGGUGCGCGGCCCUAACGGAUACUGCAUCCGGUGCCAGCCUAAUGAGCCUGGCAUGUUCAUCGGGCUGAUUGCUCAGGGCAACGCUUCUAGGGAAUAUUAUGGAUACGUUGAUAAGAGCGACAGCAACAAGAAGCUAGUGCGCGAUGUAUUCUGCAAGGGCGACGCGGCGUUCGUGAGCGGAGACAUCCUGGUAGCUGAUGAGCUGGGCUACCUGUUCUUCCGGGACCGCACCGGGGACACGUACAAGUGGAAGGGGGAGAAUGUCGCCACCGCCGAGGUGGAGGACGCCAUGAGCCCCGCGCUUAGCCAGAAGGCCUGCGUCGUCUAUGGUGUCUCGAUUCCACAGACUGAGGGCCGCGCGGGCAUGGCGGCGAUCGCGGACCCGACGCGCGCGCUGGACCUCAGCAAGUUGGCGCGCGACCUCGACGACUCGCUGCCCUCGUACGCGCGCCCGCUCUUCCUGCGCAUACUCAACGACAUCGACAUCACGGGCACGUUCAAGCUCAAGAAACUACAGUACCAAAAGGAGGGCUUCGACCCCGACGUGAUCAAAGACCCGCUGUACUUCAGAUCAGGCUCGGAGUUCGUGCCUGUCACGUCGCAACUCUUCACCGACAUCUGCAGCGGCCGCGUCAAGCUAUAAGCCUUCGAGAGGUGAACAAAAUUACAGGCAUCAGUACCCGUGCAAGGACUACGCAGCAACUACAUUACCAUAGCAACUGCAUAGCCCUCGCAACGGGAUAUACCAAAGACACUGUCUUUAGCCGCUAAAAUGGAAUGUUCAUUUCCCUCAAUUGCAAUAAGUGUAUGAAAAGAUUAAACCUAAAUUUUCUGAUGGAAACUUUAGGUACCACGAACCUGGACCAAAUUCGUUGGCUCAAAAUGAAUGUACCACCUAUGAAACAGGCAGCGUCCUGCGCCGUGCCUAUACAUUGAAUACUAAGUUAAAAUUCCUUGACCAACAGAUGUGAAAUCAAACUGAUUGUGGGAGUUUUUUUAUUUGUUUUUAUAUACUUUUUAUAUCUCAUUUUAUUUUUUAUUGAUUUAUUAUUUAUUUUAUUAGCCAAACGAAAUAAGAUUGUUUUAGUUUUCGAUUUGCAUUGACGUGUCAAUUUGAAGAUUGGCGUACAAGUGCAUGGAGAAUAUUCAAUGUAUAGACACGGCUUUGCUGCUUUUCAAUUAAUAUUAAUAGGUUACAAUUUUCGUUGAAUUAUUUUAAGGGUAUUCGGGGUAAAUAAGGAAACUAUAGCUAAUUCAUAACCGAAUAGUAACAGUUUUAGUAUCAACGGGGAUGCGAGCACAGGGAAGCUUUAAGCGUUUGUAAAUUAUAAGUAGAUGUUAUUUCGCUGUGUUAUUAUAACUACGGUCUAAGACCCGAUCGAUGGUAAUAAAUGUGUAGGGUAUAGAAAGUAAAUCGACAUGUGAAGUGUUGUGAUGGAUAUACGAUCAUCGCUCGAAUGCAAGAACAUUAUGAUUUAUAUCUAUUGCCAGCAAGUUUUUGAGCCAAGUUCUAGAAAUUAAUUUUAGUACCUCUUUUUUAAUAACGCGUCCUGUUUUUAUGGAUGGUAAAGGAGGAUUUGACAGAGAAGGUUUAAUGUUCUUGCACGACGGCGGAAUGCAAUAAGACGGUCACUAAGUAUCCACAUUAUUGCACAUUAAUUAGUAGGAUUUAUAUUGUUAACCUUUAAACAAUAAUUACUUAUUGUAUUUCAAGCAUUUUGUAUCAUUCAUAUUAACUACUUCAAAUUUAAAUUAUACCUUCAAUUUAUAAAGUUUAUCCUUUACUAACAAAAGUAUAGACAGGCAUGACCUGUAGAGGUUGCAUGAAUCUCCGACGUUUUGCAGCUUUUGUUAAUGAAGGAUUGGAAACUUGUACAAUAUUUGACUCACAUGCAAUGUAGCCAAUAUAUUUCAUAUGCCAGAAUAGUCGAAAUCAAAUAUACCUAUGUAUGUAGAUAAAUUUAUUCGUAGACAACAUUCCACCAUCUAGUCUGGUAAGGUGUUUUGUUUGUUCUAUCGUGCACUUUUAUUAGGAAAAAAAUGUUUAGUUCCUAUUUCGAAUUGGUUGAAGCACUUUAUGGAAAGUGAGAAACUUACAUAAUACAACUGACGACAGGAGGUGGCCAGAAGCCGUGCGCACUUUCCAUUUAGAUUCCGUGCCUUGGACGAGCCGCACUGUAGACUAGGUAAUAGAACGCCGUUGAAUAAUUGCUCCUAAAAUUAUUAUAAGUUGUAAAUAAAUGAAUAAAUGCAUGUAAAACGUAAA